UUAAUCUAUGGCUUAGAGACAGGUUUGUCUCUUCACUCUGUAUUCUGUGUUCUAUGUGAUUAUUAUUGUUACGAAAGGGGAUUUAUUGUAUGAUCUUUAAAUUAUCUGAAGGAAGAAGAGAAUUAAAAUGAAUACAUAAUCCAAAUUGAAUAAGUGCCUCGACAUUUAAAGUGGAGAUGAAACCUAUCAUUCAAUUCGAUGUUGCAUGGCCUUCUAGGCGAACAGUGCAGCAUUUAUGAUUUAAGAAGUAAUAGCAAAUGUGGAGAGUCCGAAAUAUGUGAUGAAAAUGUCAAUUCUUGUCAGUGUGCUCCAGGAUUCAAUACUGUUGAUAACUUCUGCCAAAGGGCUAUAUUGAUUCCAAAUACGAAUGAAAAUGUUGAACCAAACAACACUGAAUUAUUGAUAAAUAACCAUGCAGGCUUAACAAUCAAAGGCGUUCUGAUUUUGACAUUUUUGUGUGUCAAUAUUAUAGUAGUAAUUCUUGUUAUGAAAAAGUUUAACUUUGGGCAUUGGGUGAGAAAUAAAGUUUAUUCAUUUAGGAGAUCAAAUUAUGAUGAGUUCAUGAUUGGUCAAGAUGUAGAUGAUGAUCCACCGUUAAGAUAAGCUGUUUAACUUUCAACACCAGAGUUUCUGAGACUUAUCAGAGGUCUUUUCUGUUCUAGAUGAAAUUUCUGGUGGGGCAUAACAUAUUAUAUUUCAUAACUAAACAAGACUUUAUUAUGUGAAAUGGUCUCGAUAACUCGAUUGUGCUUAUUUAAUGUUGUGAACCUUAUCAUUAAUAGAUCAGAAUGUUGUGAUGAUCAUUGUACUGAUUUGAAAAUGAAAAAUUUAUGUCUUGAAUUCCAUACAUGGAAGGAAAACAAGUCAUUGUAUAUUUAACUUAUUAUGAAACCCAAAAUGUGUGAUAUUUUUUCAUGGAACCUAUUAUAUUGAUAAUAUAGUUGAUAUAAAUCAGUGUUUAAUUCUUGUAAAUGAAUGUGAAUUUUUGAUUUUGUUGUAUCCUUUAAUCCAUAACUAAUUUUCAAGUAAUCUUCAUUUUAUCACUAAUUUACUCUCUUUGUACCUUCGCAUUUCAGUUCAAAUAAAAUAUAUUUCGUCAACUAUG